AUGACUCAAUCCAUUAUUGCACUUACAGAGGAAAUGGAUCCUGACCUGGUGCCGCCGCCUCUAGCUCAAAGGCAAGAUAGAGCCGCCUCUGGGACCAAGAGGAAGACUCUCCAUGACAAUGUCCCUGAAUUCUCUGAUUGUAGUGAUGACUUGAUGUCGCCAGUGGACGUUAUUGAAGCACUCGACAGCGACAAGGACUCAGAGAUUAUGGAUGUUGAUGAAUUUGAGGCAGUGGUCAUGAAGCAGCCAGUCAAAGCCAAAGUGAAGACAUCAGUCGCUACCACAUCUAGCAAGGCCCCCCCUUCGAAGAAAGUAAAAGCCGAGAAGGAGCAGACAGCAACCAUGGUGCUAAAGAGCGACGGCAUCUGGGUGGAAUCUGUGUUGAAGGCAUGCUCAACAUAUCUGAACACUGACCUUCCUCCUGCUUGCCAUGAAGACACCAAGUGGGGUCGCAUUUUUGUACCGACCAUUUUUCUCUGGCUGGGUGCGCAAGAAGAGCCUUGGACAAUCCCUGACAAGAACCUUCUUCAUGCAUGCCGUGAAAUAUUCAAGGUUGUCUAUCCAAGCAUCAAGUACCAGGUUGUGACGUCUGGUUCAGUUUUCGGUGUUGUCACCCAACACGUCAGUGAAUGGUGCAGCAAUUUCGGAUCUACUGCGUUUGCCAUCGUCGUUGCUUUUUGCACCUCAAACAGAGAUACCUCUGCAAAGGAGCUCUCAACCCUCUUCCUUCGACAAUAUGCGUUCCUGUACCCGAAUCCUGACAAAAUUAAUAAAGAUGAAACCUUCCAUUCAGCCUUCAUUCUGGAGCUUCUCACUACUGCCCAUCUCUCUCGCAUGCUUGGGCACGCUGAUGUUCCCACUCUCAAUACUGAUAAUCUAGCUCAGGGUGGCUUUGUUGGAGCUCUUGGAUUAUGUGCUGUCUCGCUCGAACGUGCAUUUUCUCUACUCAGCGACAAUGCUGUCAGCAUCGAAAAUUUGAAGGACGCAAACAUGCCAACCACAGCACGGAAGACUCGUUUCAAGACACCAAAGACACUCAACAAGGCUACUGGCAAGGAGAUGGGAACAGAGCAUGCAUUCUCAGUCAUUAAAUGGGGGAUGAAAACUGCCGCAUUUGUUCGGGCAGCAAAAAAGAAGGGCCUGGAAGCAACACGCCUGAUGGCAUCCAUGGCAUACAAGCACCUGAAGAAGCCUGGUGCCAGCAUCGACUCAGACAACGAAAUGGAUGACCGUGAAGAUGUCUGGUAA